AUGGAGCCCACAACUUCUGAAGAGGCCCAAGAGAACUUCCUUGCCAAAGACCUGGCGGGAAGGAGAAGGGGACCCCCAGAUCCCAGACCCCUGAGGGACCGCUACAGCAUCGGUAACUCCAAUCGCUGGCGCUUUCACAAGGAGCAGUUCUCGGGGGACCUGCUGGGGCUGUCCCAGGUGUGCAAGGCCCUCAAUGUGGACUUCGACGAUCUUCUGAGGAAGCCGGAGGGGUGGUGCAUUUCCCAAAUUCAGAAGAUUUUCUCUGACAACCUGAAGAACAAGGCUGCUCAAAAUGGGAGGUCAGAUGUGAUUCUGGAGUGCCUGGGCAUCAGAUGGGAGCUACACCAGCGGCAGCUCUUCCAGUCAGAGACUCUGGCCAGGAUCUACCUGGCAGCCCUGGCUCGCAGCUCGACGAGUCCAAGCAAGGAGCUGGAGAAGCUUCUUCGAGCCCAGGAGCCCAGGAAGAAGAAAGAAAACUCACCAGUGAGAAAGAUCAUCAUUUCCUUGAACCUCAACGACCCGCUGGUCACCAGAGUGGGCUUCGCCAUGGCCCUCAAGCACCUCUAUGGGAAGGACAUGGAGCUGCAGGUGGACGAGCUGGUGAGCGUGCUGGCCUCGGCAUAUGCUCUGCGCCUGGACAGGCUGUUCCAGAGGUGUGUGACCUUGAUGGUCAAUGAGCUUGCACCUAGCACCAUCAACAAUUUCUAUGAGGCUGGCUGCAAGUACAGGGAAGAGCAGCUGGUCGCUGCCUGCGAAAAGUGGUUGGAGAUGAACUUGGUCCCCCUGGUGGGAACGAAGAUCUACCUUCGGAAAAUCCCUCAGGAGCUGCUUUUCAAAGUGCUGAAGUCCCCAAGCCUGUUCACUUUCAGCGAGUACCACCUGCUGAAAACUGUGAUCUUGUGGGUCUACCUGCAACUCAACCACAGAACACAGACAGUUCCGGUCCACGAGAGUAUGCUGGCAUUUUUCCACAGCUUCCCCAAGAAUCUUGCCUUUCUGGACCGGGACCUGGGGAAGGGCCUACUGCCGAUCUUCCUCUGUCUGCGCCUGCACGGGGUCACCCGAGGCAGGGAACUGGAAGAGCUUAAAUACAUGAACUUCUUCCCUGAGUCCUGGCUGGGCAGGGUCAUGGCCAACCAUUACAACUCGCUGGAGAAUGGGGGCGACAUGGGCUAUGUGAAGGACCUCACUAGUCAGGCUGUACGCUUUGGUUUGCUCUUCAACCAGGACGAAGAUGUGGCUCACUCCCAAACGGUCGCCCUCUACGGUUUCUUCUUCGAGAUAAAGGGAAUCAGGCACAACCCGACCUCUUACAGUUUCAUCAUGCAUAGAGUCAGACACAGGGACCUGAAGCCAAGCUCGGCCUGCGACUCGGGCACAGUGAGCUUGCGGAGGGAGCGCUUGGUCAGGUACGAGAUCAGUGCCCAGACGCAGGUUGGUGGCGUGUGGCAGGCCUUCCGGACCAGAGAGAUCACCCAGAAGUUCGGCUUCCACCCGCCCUCCUGCAGGAGCCACAUCCUGAAAAUCCAAACUGUGGGCACCCCUAUCUAUGCAAGCUUCUCAUUCUUCUUCCCACUAUCUUAA